AUGGGCUUUCUUCAUACCUGUAUCCUCAUUUCCACGGCAUUAGCCGCUGUCCAUGCAAGAUUCACUCCUCGCAAGUCGAUUAGCUGCAGCAGCUUGGCCGGUGGAGUAUUAGGUGAGGGUUACAACGUUACAGAUGCGGAGGACUUUGCAGCCGGCAGUGUGAAUGCCUCAGGAAUCAUCAAUCAAUUCAGCCUUUGUCGAGUGCAAGGAACUCUUACAUAUGGUCCAGAUGACGUGCCAGUCAAAAAUGGCGCCAAUAUCCUCAUUUGGGAAAUCUAUCUUCCAAGCUCUGACUAUAACGGAAGGUUCAUGGUUGUUGGAAACGGUGGCUACGCUGGUUAUAUUGACGAAGAGUCAAUGAUGGUUCAGCUCAAUUUGGGCUAUGCGACUGCCGGUUGUGAUAGCGGGCAUUCUCUCGCUGCAAAUGGAAAUACUGCAUAUGCUCCGUUCUUAGCAAACAAAGCGGAAACAGGAGCCUGGAUCCACAAUUCUAUUGCUUUGACAACUGCAGUUGCUCGGACGAUGACCACAAAGUACUACGAAAAGGCCCCGGAAUACAGCUACUACUAUGGAUGCUCCACCGGCGGCGCCCAAGGAUUCGCGCUAGCCCAGUAUUACCCAGACCUGUUUGAUGGAAUAUACGCAGGGAGUCCUGGAAAUUGGUACAGUCAUUUGGUCCUCAGCUUCCUCUGGAAUGGACUUCACACCACAGGGACUGGUUAUAUGACUCAAGAUGCCUUGGAUUUCAUCACCGAUAGCGUUGUCUCCGCAUGUGAUGCGAUAGAUGGAGUUGUCGAUGGCUUGAUUGAGAAUCCUCUACUAUGCGACUACAAUAUCGCUAAUCUGGAAUGCGCAGCGGGUCAGAGCUCUACCGAUACCAAUGGCACAGUUUUAUGCCUCACUUCAGCCCAAAUCCAAGCCGCGGAAGCUGUCUACACAGGUCCGAAGAAUCUGGUCACGGGCGAUGAGGUUUAUCCCGGGUUGAGCCUGGGAUCGGAGAAUGGCUGGAUCGACCAAGAAACAGUUCUAUAUGAGACAUAUACAGCAUUAAUCCUGAAGGAAGUUGUCUUCCGCGAUCUGGCCUACAAUGUAUCCAGCUUUAACUGGGGCAAAGAUGUCUCAAAAGUUGACGCGGCCGCGUCCCCUUUGAUCGAUGAGAUCUCAACAAACCUUUCUUCCUUCCAAAAGCGGGGAGGGAAAUUGAUUGUCACCCAGGGGUGGGCGGAUCAGUUCAAUGCGGCCACCUGGCCCAUUCAGCACCUUGAGCAGAUCCAGACAAAAAUGGGCGCUGCCACUACCGACAGUUUUUUGGAGCUUUUCAUGGUCCCUGGAGGUGGUCAUUGCGGUUCUAAUCCUGGAUACACUCAUGUCCCGGGUACGUACAAUGUAAUUGACGUGCUGGUUCCAUGGGUGGAACAAGGGAUUCGACCGACUGAGAUGAUGAGUGUAACUCCUCCGGACGGGACGAACACCACGCGUAAGCUUUGUCCUUGGCCGAAUACUGCACAUUAUGUGAAGGGUAAUAUAGAUGACUGGACGUCAUACACCUGCUCGUAA